UGCCGAACUCGAGGCAGGAGUCGGCUCUCCAGAGCCUGGUCCCUCCCUUCCCCUUCCCUGUCCCCUUCCCCCACCCCCGACUCGGGAUUCGCGCGGCGGCCCGAAGAACCCCAAGCUCGCAUUUGCUGCAUCGAGCAGUUGGUUUAGUACGAACCAAACUUGCAGCUGUUCUCAUCGCGCUCCGCCGAGCUCUAGCCCAGGCUCCUGAGCUGGAGAGAUGGAAAACUCCUCCGCAGCAUCGGCCUCCUCCGAGGCUGGGAGCAGUCGCUCCCAGGAGAUCGAGGAGCUGGAGCGCUUCAUCGACAGCUACGUGCUCGAGUACCAGGUGCAGGGGCUGCUGUCUGACAAGACAGAGGGCGACGGCGAGAGCGAGAGGACCCAGUCCCACAUCUCCCAGGAGGAAGCGCUCAAUGGUGGACCACCCAUGAAGGGCUUAACAGAAGAAUGGACAGCGGACUGCAAUGAGCCUCUGGACGGCAGCUGUUCCUUCUCCCGAGGGCGAGCCCCCCCACAGCAGAAUGGCAGCAAAGACAACUCUCUGGACAUGCUGGGCACGGACAUCUGGGCUGCCAACACCUUUGACUCCUUCAGCGGUGCCACCUGGGACCUGCAGCCCGAGAAGCUGGACUUCACCCAGUUCCACCGCAAGGUCCGGCAUGCGCCCAAGCAGCCCCUGCCUCACAUCGACCGCGAAGGGUGUGGCAAAGGGAAGCUGGAAGAUGGGGAUAGUAUCAACUUGAAUGACAUCGAGAAGGUCCUCCCAGCCUGGCAGGGCUACCACCCGCUGCCCCAUGAAGUGGAGAUCGCGCACACCAAGAAGCUGUUCCGGAGAAGGAGAAAUGACCGGAGACGACAGCAGAGGCCCCCAGGAGGGAACAAGCCCCAACAACAUGGUGACCAUCAGCCUGGCAGUGCCAAACACAACAGGGACCACCAGAAAUCCUACCAGGGAGGCUCAGCACCUCACCCCUCAGGGAGGCCCACACACCAUGGCUACAGCCAGAACCGGCGCUGGCACCAUGGCAACAUGAAGCACCCACCAGGCGACAAGGGGGAGGCAGGCACCCACCGCAAUGCCAAAGAAGUCGUGACCAUCGAGAGCCCAAAACUUGAGGAUACCCCAGGGGACACCGGACACGGUGGUCCUGAGCCCCCCCGCAGCCCCGACGCCCUGGCCCCAGCGGCUUCUGAGAGGCUGCCCCCACAGCAGCCAGGAGGGCUGGAGGCCGAGACAAAACGUAAAGACAGUAUUCUUCCCGAGCGCAUCGGGGAGCGGCCCAAAAUUACCCUGCUCCAAUCUUCCAAAGACAGACUACGGCGAAGGCUAAAAGAAAAGGUACCGGAGGAAGUGGCCGUGGAGACCACCAGCCCCCAGCAGAACAAGAUGGACAAGCUGAUGGAAAUCCUGAACAGCAUGAGGAACAACAGCAGCGACGUGGACGCCAAGCUCAGCACCUUCAUGGAGGAGGCCCAGAACUCCACCAACUCCGAGGAGAUGCUGGGUGAGAUCGUGCGGACCAUCUACCAGAAGGCCGUGUCGGACCGCAGCUUCGCCUUCACCGCCGCCAAGCUCUGCGACAAGAUGGCGCUCUUCAUGGUGGAGGGCACCAAGUUCCGGAGCCUGCUCCUCAACAUGCUCCAGAAGGACUUCACGGUGCGCGAGGAGCUACAGCAGCAGGACGUGGAGCGCUGGCUGGGCUUCAUCACCUUCCUGUGCGAGGUCUUCGGCACCAUGCGCAGCAGCACGGGCGAGCCCUUCCGGGUGCUGGUGCGCCCCAUCUACACCUGCCUCAGGGAGCUCUUGCAGUCUCAGGAUGUGAAGGAAGAUGCUGUCCUUUGCUGCUCCAUGGAGCUGCAGAGCACAGGCCGGCUGCUGGAGGAGCAGCUGCCCGACAUGAUGACAGAGCUCCUGGCCAGCGCCCGGGACAAGAUGCUGUGCCCCUCGGAGUCAAUGCUGACCCGGUCGCUGCUCCUGGAGGUCAUCGAGCUCCAUGCCAACAGCUGGAACCCUCUGACGCCUCCCAUCACACAGUACUACAACAGAACCAUCCAGAAACUGACAGCCUGACAGCCAGGGGGCCUGGCGAGCGGCCCGCGGGCAGCUGGGGCCCUGGUGCACAGGGCCAGAUGGACAGGCGGGAGGACAGGGGUGGCCCUGGCGGGAGGAAGAAUUGGGCAGGAAUGCAGGCAGAGUUGGUGGCUAGUCUGGAGCCAGACAGGGAUGGGAUUGAGCCCUUGAGAGGAGCACCCCGCACGAGCCCCUCAGCUCACCAACAAGGGAAGCAUGUUUCUUUUCCUGGUGGUGCCGGCCCUCCCCUCAUCACUCCCGCCUCCCCCCUCAGACCCAUCCCCGCAGAGCUUUGUGCGAGGAUCUCAUCUCUGACUCCUUGCCACGCCGGGUACCACUUGGGUCGGAAAGGACCUCAGAAGGCUGAAAAAGUGGGUCGGCAACGGGGCUCGCAUUGUUCCCUCAUGCUGUCAGCCGCAGUCGCCAACUGGCAGCAGACGACGUGUAGCAGAUGUCCGGGAGGACAAAGGCAGGCACGGUCCCCACCAGCCGCCCACAAUUGACGGCCUUUGUCAGCCAGGCUGAGCUUUUCUCUAACCUUCACGCUCCACCCUCCUGCCUCCUCCCGAGCCCCCAGCCUCAGGCCCAGGGGUCGGGGACAGCGGGGAAGGUGGAGUUUGCAGUUGUCAUUGCACUCUUUUGUUUACUGUGUUUUAUUUUUCAAAAGUCAGUUGCUUUGAAGUGUCCUCUCCCAGUGAAAAUGCCCAUCAUGUGAUCACACAGUCAGAACGCGAGGACCCCGGAUUAGUGGGAGAUCAAACUGGGCUCCCUCUGGAAGGAUUCUAGCCACAGACAGCUUGCCAGUAGCCAAUUAGAGUAAUUGGAAACUUCUGCCCCAGCAGGGGUCACCUCUGGAAUCCUGUCUUUCUCACCACUGGGACCACAGUAAGCCCAGGCCUGACCCUCAGGCCUUGUGGCAAACAGGGCACAAAGGCUGGCAAAUUAAAACCAAAAUGCUAGGUAAUGUUUCCCGCUCCACACGCAGGUCUCACUAGGGAGAAGGGUGGGGUGAGGAGCUAAUGGGCUGUGUCACUGCCCCAGCCUCAAUCCAGGCAGGGGCCCAGCCCUCCCACAGGGAAGGGGUGAAUCCAUUGAGACUUGAGAGGGACAGUCAGGUGGUCUGAUGGGGCUGCCAGAUGGAGUUUUCCAGACUGGGGUUUCUUGAGAGGCCCUGGUCCCAGGGAGCAGCCCCUUUUGUGAUGGCCCGAGAGCAGGACGAGGGUCAGUUCUGUGAGGCUGGCUGCACAUUGCAACAGGUGUCUACACAGUUCCAUCUCCAGGGUUGGAGCACACACUUUGAUGAGCCCCCCAAAAUAUCAGAGGCCAGCUGCUUCCUUCCUUGCUCCUUUGUUGAGGCUGGUCAUGCCCUAGGUCAAGAUGGAGCCCCUCCUGGUGUACAUCAGACUGGCCAGGAGGUGAUGGUGGGGGGAGGUGUCUCCUCUCUGAUUCCAGGAGAGCAGGUGGAUAGGAAGAAGCCUCCCCAGUUCUCCCAGGCCUUCCCACAGCUGCAACCUGCCUUCUCGCCUCAGUAUUGGAGCCCAGGCUAGUCCCCAGAAAGAGCUUGUUGGGGACAGGGUCCGGGGGAGCAGCCUUACCUGAAACAGGUCUGUGGCAUCUACCAAGAAGCCCUGGCUGACUCCUGCCCUGGCCUGCUUUCCCCCUCCGCCCCAGGCCUCUCUUCCCAGCCUUCCUCAAGCUUCUCCUUGCUGCCGUUCCUCCUCAUCUAGGCCCAGCCUGGGGUCUGGGGACACACGCAGACACCCCACAGGAGGCCUUAAAGGGGGAGAGCCAGGCUGAUGUUAUGGUGCCAGAGAGGGCACCAGGGAGGUUGUGCUCCCGUGAAGUCAGACAGCCCCAGCCUAGUGCGCAGCCCUCAGAGAGCCGCACCUGCCCGCCUCGGGUGUGGGGUGUGCCUGUGGGAGGGUGCACUGCCAAGGGGACCUGGGAGUGGGGCUCCUCAACCCUGCCGGGGACUCCGAAACAAGCCUCAUGAAGGGAGCCUCCUAAAUACUGUGUGGAGGGCUGCGCCCCUAGGGGGCUGUGGACACCCUAGGGCCUACCACACUGUCCUCCUCACGCCCUCCCUCCUUGGUGGUCUUGCCCCACGGCCACCCUCAUUGGCUGUUAGGACCAGAGUGUGAAGAAGUGAGAUAUAAAUAUGUAUACAUAUAUAAAUAUAUUUUUAAUUACGUGUCGUGUCACGGUGGCUCCAGACUUACAGUUUGCCUAGUUUGUUCCAUUGCUUGAAAACGCUUCCUGGCCAAUCUGAAUAACACUUUGAGCUGUUUUUCUAAAUGCAGGUUGCUGCUACUUUUUCAGACAUGGAAGGAAAAUGUUUAAAAAAAAAAUUUUUCUUUUUUUUUCAGAAAUAACAGUAAAGCCUAAAAUUCGAGACUCUGAGGCAGCUUCUAAUGGGAGACUACUCAGACAGGAACCGGGGGGGGGAGCCAAAGUAAGCACCCUCCAGACCCCUGUCCUCUCCCCUCUGCUGAGCAAGGAAAGCCAUAUCCAAGUUGACCUCUGAAUGUAUUUGAUGGGAGGCAAAACUGGAUAUUGCGUUUCUAAGGCUUCUGUUAGGCUUGUGUUAUUGCCCCUACUCGCCCGCAGCUCUUGGCGCAUGGAAGAGGCACAGUCCGGCCAUCUGAUGUUGAUCCUGUCUCGGUCUCUCCCCGCUGCCUGUCAGGAUGAGUUAGUCAUUGUUUUCCUCUAAGGCGGCGGGGCUUGCCACAGCCCUGCUCCCCAUGGCCUCGUGGCUUUGCCUAAGCUCUGGGACCACAGCCCCAGUCAGGCUCCCAACCUCCCCUGGACAAGGCUGGGAGCCCCACCGUCCCCCCCAGGGAGUGUGCACCCUUAAACCCAGUUUUGUCUGUUUGUCCUUGCUUAACCAGUCUGUAAACCUUUAUGGUUUGGGGAUCAUCCUGUCCAUCGUGUAAUUGUAAAUGUUGGACAAGUCGGUAUUUAUUCUAAUUUUUAUUUUAUUUUAUUUUAUUUUCUCCAAGGGAUGGGGAGGGGGGUGUGGGAACUGUACCACUGGGCAGCUGUAGGAGGGUUGGGGGCCCAGGGGCUCUGGGUCGCCCCAGCCACAGGCCUCCAAGAAGCCAAGUCCCUGUCUGUUAUCUGGCAUCAGACACCAGCCAGCGUUCCCUGUCUGACAGACUCUCAGGGCCUGCCUAGGGAGUCAUGUCCCUCAGCUGCCAAGCAUUCUGUUGGGAAACCUCUGGCUGGGCCUUUGAGGACGAGGAUCAGAGAAAGACAACUUUCUUCUGCUUGGGACACUUGCACGGAAGGGCCGGCCGCCUCCCCUGCGCCAGCUGGGAGCUGGACAACAGGACCUACCUCCCUGGAGCAGGGACCUGGGGCUUCCCGCCAAAGCUGCAGCGGAAUCCUGCUCUCGCGACCACCUUCCCUCCGUCGGUAUGUCCUGCUUUCCAGCUGAACCUAAACUGCAAGUGGGUUUAAAAAAAUAAACAUCAAAACCAAAAA